AAAAAAAAAAAAUAGCAAAUCCAUCUCUAACUACAGCUACUAGCAAAGGCAAUAGCCUGGAAUAGUAUAUAGGCGAAAGCCGUGCUACCAACACCCCUUUUAACAAUUAUCAACCAUGGCUCCAGGAGGUAAAUCCGCAGGAAAGGCGAUGAAGAAAUCGUCGGGCAAGGCUCAAAAGAACAUCGCCAAAUCUGACAAGAAACGCAAGCCAAAGAGGAAAGAAUCGUACGCCAUCUACAUCUACAAAGUGUUGAAGCAAGUACAUCCCGACACCGGUGUAUCCUCGAAGGCCAUGAGCAUCAUGAACAGUUUCGUAAAUGAUUUGUUCGAGCGUAUCGCCGCCGAGUCCAGUCGUCUGGCACACUACAACAAGCGGUCGACCAUCACCAGUCGGGAGAUCCAAACCGCCGUCCGACUUUUGUUGCCCGGUGAAUUGGCCAAGCACGCCGUCAGUGAAGGAACAAAAGCUGUGACCAAGUACACCAGUUCCAAAUAAUUUA